CGCAGGGCUAACUCAUAUCGACUUGCAAUGCAAGCAUACUCAACCAGUCGCAAUGAUGGCGUACUAUGUUCAGUCGAAAUCGUGGGGCGAAUACCUCAGCUCGGGAGAACAUCACAGCAUGCGCUUCGGAGAGAGAGCUCGCGCGGCCAACAGGCUGCUUGUAAGUACGAAUCUGCCGUGGCGGGUGCUGGAAAGUGGACUACACCGUGUACCACUUCGUUGUGGCAAUGGCGGUGCACGGAAGUGUCGCACUGAAGGUUUGGUGGAUGCAGCUUGCUUCUUGGAAAGCGCAGCAACUCCGAUGUCGCAAGUCCUUGCUCUGGUCGUAGGUGGGGCGGAGAACCCGGUGUUACGAUUGACUAGUGUAACCCAGAGAGGGCAAAGGAGUCUUGGUGGACUCGAGGGUUGCGAUGAUAAGGAGUCGACCUUGAAGCAGACAGAGAUGGAGGAGGGAGAAUGGGAUUUUCUCGGAUGUGUACUGAAAGCUUGGAGGCUGCAUGUCCUAAAGAGACUUUUCCAGGAGUCUCAGGCAAAGACUCGAGCAAAGCGGAUUUUGCUCCACAGUUUGCGGCAGAGUUUCAGGGCUUGGCGGCAGCUGGUGCAGGACUCUGUGUCCUUGAGAAGAAAGGAGAUAGAGAAACAAUUGCACCUGCGGGAAGUAAGGGCUAAAGCAGACCGCCUAUUGCGGAAACAUAAUGUGGCUCGGCUCGGGCACCUUUUCCGAUCCUGGAGAACGCGAAAUGCGACCUUGAGAAGUGUGCGGUUGCUGCAGCAGAACCAGGUUCGGAAAUGCAUUUCGCAAGUUCUACAGGCAUGGCAGAAGUAUGCAGCGGAGAUGACGAAAGCGGCAGUGAAUCUCAAGACGUUUCGCGAUGCUUCAGAUAGAAGACUUACGUGCAAGUGCAUAGAGUCAUGGCGGAAAGCGUUGAACACAGAAGUCAAAAGGACAAGAAAGAUGGAAAAGGUGAUGGCGAAGUACGCAUCGAGCAAGCUAGGAGAAAAGGUACUCAGGCAUUGGAACGAAUAUGCGGCUUGCAGGUCUCAGGGACGACGAUUGCUGUUGAAGGCUAUGGAGAAGUGCGCUCAAAUGGUGGAUAGGGUCCUUACAGAGAAUUUGCUUAAGGGGAUUCUGAGAGAAUGGAAUGCGUGUUCGAGGGAAAGGAUUUGAACUUGUGAUCUGUUUGUCAAUAAUUACAUGUGUACCAUUCAGCCAAUCGGUGUGGAAGGUAAAGGUGCAGAAAAAUAGAAGACCAAUCGGGUUAUUUAAAAAAGAAAAAAAAAGGCCCAAUUAAUGGGAAACAAAGUGGGUUACAUUUC